UCCAAGCCGAAUAAGAAGAUCACCAGCCGUUUGACAUGGUGUCACAAUAGCCUUCUGCCCAUCGUCAUGCGACAUUGCCUCGCAGCUAGCCAUUUUACUGUUGUUGAUGAGUCUCUGUUCUAUGUUGGCUAUUGGGGAAGGCAUUUGAAAAGCAGUCAAUAUCGCUCCUUAAAGCCGCACCAGAAAGUAAAUCACUAUCCUGGAGCAUUUCAUAUUGGACGAAAGGACCGUUUAUGGAUGCACAUUGAAAAGCAGCAGCGUCGACUCGGCGAAAAUGUUUAUGGCAUCAUGCCAAAAACGUAUCUUUUGCCAAAGGAUUAUGAACACAUGCGUAACUAUCUGACUGCUUCGCCUUCAAACCACGUGAUCAUCAAGCCGGUGAAUUUUUCAUUUCUUUUUUUUUUCUUUGCCACAGUAACCUUCACAAAGUACUUUUGCUAUCUUAUUUUUUCAUUCAGUAUUCACUUGUUGAAUUGGGCUGCUUAG